GUAUAUGUGUGUAUCUAUGUGCCUGUGUUGUGGGAGUAUCUUGUAAGCGUUUUGGCACAAGCUAAAACACAAACCCUAAAAAUCUACAAAACUCAGAUGCUCUGUUUCGCUACUCAGAUAUGGAGUCCCAAACCCUAACGAUCGGAGCUCAUCGCCAGCUCUCCAUGUCGUACCGUCGGGGAUUGUUUCAUGGAGCCAAGGCAUUCCAUAUUAUGGCUGUUCUGGUAUGCACUUUCUUUGGCCUUGCUACAUGCGGACCAUGCUCCAUGAAUGGGAUGCAGAAGCCGGUGGAAUUUGAUGCAUGUGGGUCCUAUAGAGAUGGUCAUAAUGUGGGUUUUCAAGAUGUAUUUGUUGGUGAUGUAAGUUUGAGAUAUGUUUCAAAAAAUCCUCUGGCCCACCUGAGUGUUGAGAAUGUAUGUAGCAAUUUGAAUUUAUUCUGCUUUCCUUCAACAUUGCCUGGGUUUUUAUUUGAAGAGGAAUCAACUAUUCUAGAAGUUAAUGGGGUUCAGUCUGAUGACACAUUAUCUGUAGGUUCAAGUCAGGCAAAAAAUAACAUUAGCUGGUCAUCAGACUAUGGUAUGUUUAGGCAAUCAAGUGGAAGGACCCUUUCUUGUUCUUUGGACUCCCAAGAGGGCAUCCAUGACAUCUCGUCUCUUCAAACUCAUGGCCCUAAUCCAAAUGAUGUUUCUUCCUGCAGAGGAACGUUACUAAAUCAGAAGAUCCCAAGUUUCAACCUGAAUGAGAAUUCUAGGAGGAUCAAAUCGGGGUUUUUGGAUGGUUCUUUGUCACCCCAUGUAGAAAUAACCCCUCAUCUACUUGAUUGGGGACAGCAGUAUUUAUAUUUUCCUUUAUUAGCUUUUUUAACAGUGGCAAAUACUCACAGUGACAACAUUUUAAAUUUAUACGAACCUUUCAGUACCGACACACAAUUUUAUCCUUGCAAUUUCAGUGAAGUGUUGCUUGGGCCUGGUGAAGUUGCUUCUAUUUGUUUUGUGUUUUUACCUACACGAUUGGGUCUGUCCUCAGCUCACCUGAUCUUGCAGACAAGCUCUGGUGGUUUCUUGAUUCAGGCCAGAGGUUUCGGUACUGAGUCCCCUUAUGGGAUACAGCCCUUAGUUGAUCCGGAAGUUUACUCCAAUGGAAGGUGGAACAAGAAUUUGUCUUUGUUUAAUCCUUUUGAUGAAACUCUCUACGUGGAGGAAGUAACUGCAUGGAUAUCAGUUUCUUUAGGGGGUACUUCCCAUUUAACAAAAGCAAUUUGCAGUAUAGAAAAUUCUCAGGGUCCUAAUCAGCGUAUUUUGCCAAGUGUUAAGGAAUGGUUGGAUGUCAAGAAUGGUCAAAUUGGUACAUCACAAUUGGCAAUGAAACCCCAUAGAAAUUGGGAGAUUGGUCCUCACAGCACUCAGACCAUUAUGGAGAUAGACUUCUCUUAUAAUUCUGAAGGAAAAAUUUUUGGUGUUCUCUGCAUGCAAUUGCAAAAAUCUUCACAAGAUACAGUUAUAGUUCCUUUCGAAGCAGAAUUGGAAGCCAAACCUGCCUAUGGUGAUCUUGCAAGCUCUGUUUCAGUAUCUAUAGAGGUCCUUGUGCCAUGUGAUGGCAGCGGAACUGUCGUUGCUACUCUCUCGCUGAAAAAUAGUGCUUCUUACCUCUUGAAUGUUGUCAAGAUCAUUGUAGAUGGCGAAAGUACAAAGCUUUUCCAAAUUAAAUACAUGGAAGGCUUAAUACUUUUUCCAGGCACUGUCACACAAGUUGCUGUGGUUACCUAUGCUCCCCUGCCUGAAAUUCCCAAUACGUACUUGAAUUGUGAAUUAAUCAUUCUGACAAAUGAUUCAAGUAAUCCUCAGUUUGAGAUUCCUUGCAGAGAUAUAGUCAAUAUUUGCCCAAGAAAUCAGUUUGAUUCCUACAUUGGUUAUGAUCAUCAUUCUGAAAGGAUCGAACAUGGCAAUGCAAGAACAAGGUCUUUAGGCAGUAGCGUGAAGUCAGCGUCACAGAUCAAGGCAUUGGAGACGGCAGAAGCAGAUGAAUUGGUACUGGGAAACUGGAAAUCUCAAGGCACUGCAAGUAGAAUGACUGUGCUUGAUGAUCUUGAGGUUCUGUUCCCAACAGUACAGGUUGGAACUCAUCACUCUAAGUGGAUAACCGUCAAAAACCCAAGCCAACAGCCAGUUGUAAUGCAACUUAUUCUAAACUCUGGGGAGAUAAUUGAUGAAUGCAAGGCGUCCGAUGGGCUUUUACUUCCUUCUUCAUCCAGUAGUUUGGUACUUAGUGAAUCUACAACACCAACAAGGUAUGGAUUUUCAAUAGCAGAUGGUGCACUUACAGAAGCCAUUGUCCAUCCUAAUGAUAGAGCAUCUUUUGGGCCGAUUUUCUUUCACCCUUCAAAUCGAUGUGGGUGGAGAAGUUCAGCUCUGAUAAGGAACAAUCUUUCUGGAGUAGAGUGGUUAUCUUUGCGGGGAUUUGGAGGGUCACAAUCCCUGGUUUUGUUGGAUGGGACUGAACCUGUUCAGAGUUUAGAAUUUAAGUUCAACCUGCCAAGUCAUCUUAAUUUCUCUCCUCCAGAAAACUUACAUCAUCACAAGGAAGACACCACCUAUGCCUGUUCUCGGUCGUUGUCAAAAGAGCUGUAUGCGAAGAACACGGGAGACUUGCCACUGGAGGUUAGAAGAAUAGAAGUUUCUGGGACAGAAUGUGGUCUGGAUGGGUUUGUAGUACAUUCUUGUAAAGGUUUUGCUCUUGAACCUGGGCAGUCAAUGAAGCUUCUGAUAUCCUACCAGACAGAUUUUACUGCAGUGAUGGUGCAGAGAGAUCUUGAACUGGCCUUAACUACUGGUAUUCUCGUAAUACCCAUGAAAGCAAGUCUUCCCGUACACAUGCUCAAUUUAUGUAAGAAAUCAGUGCUCUGGGUGCAAGUGAAGAAAUCCUCUUUCGCAAUCCUUCUUGCUGCUCCUGUGAUGUUAAUGGUAUUUUGUUUCAUCAUUCCCCAGAUGAUGGCCUUGUGCUCCCUUGAUCACUUGUUCAAGAGUGGAAAAAGCUCCAUUGCCACCAUAAGUCACGAGGGAAAAACUUAUCGUGUGCAUCAUAACCAGAAAAGCAGUAAUAAGUUUGUUGUUUCUUCUAAAAUGAAUGGCUUAUUAAGGUCAACCGGGGAAGAGGAAGCCUUAGCGCUGGAAUCUGUUAUUAGAUAUCCUAAUGGUCAUGGUGUUGUUACAGAACAGGAGAUAACUGCUCAACAUGCAAAUCAAUCUCCAGGAAAUCAGAGCCAAACUAACUGUUUGUUGAGUACUCGAAAGGAGAUGGUAUCAUCACCCUCUAUGCUGUCAAAGUCUGUGGCAGUUGAGAGCUCUGAUAAGCAGGAAGCAUCGCAAUCUGGUAACCUCACUGUUAGGAUUGGAAAAGAGAAAAGAAAGCGGCAAAGGAAGAAAAAGAGUCCUGCUACAGGGUUAAUGGGACACUUUGAAGUUUCAAGCAGUCAAAGUGGAAAUUCUACACCUUCAUCACCCUUGUCCCCUGUCACGUCUGUCAUUCCUAAACGGUCUUGGCCACUAUCUCCUGAUGUGGAUCAAUCUGUCGAGAGUAGGAAUCUAUUCACCCAGUCAACCAAACACCAUUGUGAGAAGGUUUCAGAACCUGCCUCUGAGGCAAUCAUGUCUGUACCUCAGGUUCCUGGGGAGUACUGCAAUGGAAAUUGGUUUUUUCCUACUCAAGAGAAGCCAUCUGCACCAAGAAAAGCGGGUAGCAAACCAGUUCUGUUGCCUUCUGCUACAUUUCCUUGCAGUGGUAGGGCUACUUCCAAUUUGAUUUGCCCUUCAAUUUCGGCUUCAACGUCUGCAAUUGCUGCACAUGCUCGGGCACCUGGAUCCAAACUCUAUGAACAGAAAACAGAGGAGAAGACUGGGUUUGAGGAUCAAUUCAAGUAUGAUAUCUGGGGGGACCAUCUCUUUGGAUUUAAUUCGGCUCGUAGGUCAAAGGAGGCAUCUGCUUUGACCUCCAGUGCUACAGAGAACAACUCUGAUAGCUUCUUUGUAAGGGGUCCUCAAACCUUCAAGACUAUGUUUCAACCAACAUUAAAUGGUUCUAAUAAAGAGUGUUAAUGAUAAAUUACCUAGUAAUUAAUAUAUUUUUACGUGCGCUUCCUCUUC